GUUCAUUGAGAAGUUCGGGACCCAUAUCAUUGUUGGUGUAAAAAUGGGGGGAAAGGACGUUAUAUAUUUGAAGCAACAAUACUCAUCACCUCUUCAGCCUGCUGAUGUACAGAAAAGAUUGAAGGAUGUGGCAGACAAGAGGUUUACUGAUGUUAAUGGAGAAUCUAGUGUGAAUCCUGAGAAAGCUUAUGGCAGGGAAAUGCAAGAGACUAAUGAAAGAGGAAUUGCAUUCUUGGAUCCCAGUACACCAAGUUUCCACUCUAACCAAGAGGAAAUUACUUUCUUCUGGAGAAGGAGAGGUGGAAAUAGUGAUAGGAAUAUGCCUCAUAAUAAGUGGUGUCAGACUGUUCAGCUUGAGCCUGAAGUGAUAUCUAUGUCUUUUAUUCCAAUUGCAUCACUCUUGAGCGGAAUUGAUGGGAGUGGAUUCCUCGGCCAUGCUAUCAACCUAUACUUGCGAUAUAAGCCACCUAUUGAAGAAUUAUAUCAAUUUUUGGAAUUUCAACUUCCAAGGCAAUGGGCACCUGUAUUUGGUGAUGUCCCUCUUGGUCCUGAUAGAAAGCAGCACGGUGUUGCUUCUUUGCAAUUCAGUUUGAUGGGGCCCAAGCUUUAUGUCAACACUGAUGAGGUGGAUGUGGGAAAUAAACCAGUAACAGGGCUGCGACUCUAUUUAGAAGGAAAAAGAAGUAAUUGCUUAGCAAUCCAUUUGCAACACCUCUCAUCCUUGCCGAAAAGCUUCCAACUUCAUAGUGAGUUGGGCGGAAAGAAUAGUAACUCUGUGGAUCGCAGGUAUUAUGAGAAGGUCCAGUGGAAAAGUUUCUCACAUGUAUGCAGUGCUCCUGUGGAGUCAGACGACGACCUCUCCAUAGUUACUGGAGCAGAAUUCGAAGUGAAGGAAUCUGGCAUGAGAAACGUCCUAUUUCUACGCCUUCACUUCUCCAGGGUUAGCGGCGCAACAGUGGUGAAGAAACCAGAGUGGGACGGUUCCCCCGCACUGGCUCAAAAGUCUGGAAUUAUAUCAACUUUGAUCAGCAGUCACUUCUCCAGUGCACAGAAACCUGCUCCGAAGCCAUCGGAUGUUAACAUCAAUUCUGCUCUAUACCCUGAUGGUCCUCCAAUGUCUGCACAAACAGCUAAACUUCUCAAGUUUGUCGACACGACAGAGAUGAUGAGGGGUCCGCAGGACCCACCAGGUUACUGGGUGGUAUCAGGUGCCAGGCUCGUCGUAGAUAAGGGUAAAAUAUCACUCCGCGUGAAGUACUCUUUGUUGGCCGUGAUUUUGCCAGAUGAAGAUGCACUUUUGCAAGGGUGACUGGUUGCUUUUGUAAAAAUGAAAGAAGCGUACUUACUGUUAGGAAUUGUGCUAGUUUUCUUUGUUGAGAUUUUUGUGUGAUCGUUCAUGCAGUAUUUUAGCUUGUAUAUGCACUCAUCUCCCCCUCAAAAUUUGUGAAACUAAACUGGUCCGGUAGGACCGGUUCGUCUGACUGCGAACUUGCCGGUGAUCUCAUCCGGCUUGGUAAAAUAUUGUUAUAGCAUCGCUGCUUGAAA